AUGCCCAUUGUACCAAGAUCAAUUAACCAGAGGGCAGCUCAUCCUUGCUCGGUUACAGCUGAACGGAUGAGUCCAUACUCACGUGGGCCAUCACAGAAUAGCCGUUCCCCCUCGUUGGCUCUUUCGCUCCGGGCUCUGAACGACCACGUAUCUCUACCAAAUGCUUCUGCCUCUAUGUCAACGCUGGAUAUUGGUCACAAUGCAACCAAUUCUCUUGCUCGAAGGGCCAGUGUUCCGGUCAUGCGGGAAUCCCCGUCUCGUAGCUCCCAAAGCAUCCCCAACGAUUUGGGCACAACCUCAACACCCUUUGGGUUAUCCCAACCGGCUUCCCAGCGUGAUCAAGAAGAUCAUAGUCGAAGCGAGAUCACACCUCGUCUUACAGCCGCUGAACAAGCCUUCAUGCAAGGCUUGUGCACCGAGCUUGGUUUGGACGCCCAUCACCAGGAGUACGUCCAGAGUCUGGCCCAGUCAAACCAGGUUGUUGGUCCUGGUCAUCGUCAUAUCGCCGUAAUUGCCUCAAAUAUGGGGUUGCUAAUGGAGGUGACCCAACUGGCCGAGACUGUCACUGGACUGGCCGACACAGUGCGAGGACUUCGCGAUACCGUUCAAGUACUUACCGAAGAGAUACGGACUCCAGCCUUGGUAGGUGCCGGCGCGGCGCCAGCUCCAGUAGCUGGCGCUCCAACUCCCGCUUCAGCUGCCCCCCUCAGCACCAUCGAGUCAGACGCAACCACCCCUUGGCAAGCCUCGCCAAUGCUAUUGAAAGCAAUUACUCAACUCGCAGACAAGAAGGCGACAUUGCCUUUGAUCGAGGGAUAUACCGCAAUCAAAGGUGCAAACGGGGUUUGGCUAACCGACUCGUUGUUCAAUACUGUCAAGCUUGAGAUAGCCAGAAAAAGUGCGGCCUGGAAACACGAACACCUUCCACGUAAACUCCAAGGGAUCUCUGAUUCCCUGGGUGUCAAGCGAUACCAUUCUGACAUUAAGAAUGGAUGCAAACACGCCCGGGAAAAACUGCACAUUUCUGUGUUAAGUGGGGUGUAUGACUCCAAGGCCGGCGUCAUUACAGGCAAACCCGUUCCCGAUCUCCCGGAACUCGUCUCCAUAAUUGCCCAGAAAUGCGGAACCACUGGACACCACACAAACCCCGAAAGCUUAUGGGAAGCGACUGACCAACCUACACGUGCACGUGUUGCUUACCUUGUAAGUAAAUUCAACAUAAUUGCUUUAUAUAUCACCGAGCCUGAAUCAGUUGUGUAUGUACCACCAAUGAAGCGUCGAGAGGCACUUCGGAUCUUCCAGAAUGGUAAGGGGUCCAGUUCGAUAUGGGCCACUGUUGACUCGCAGCUUGAACAACUUCGUCUGGAGGAGAGGAAUCGAAUCAGCAAUGAUGGUUAUACUGCAGGAGAUUACACUGCCUCUGUCUUUUUUUAUGUCAUUUUUGCAAUCGUAAAUUGUGGUUUUUAUUUCGAAGCAUUAACCGGUUGUGCUCCUCGUCUGCAGACAGGUCUCAGAGUCGACCGUGCGGAUAUCACUGGAGAUCGACUGCAGACGCCUAUUGGCCGCCUGAAGACGGCUUUAAGACUCGGCAUCGAAGUGGCUCGAAAUGGUCUUUUGGAUGGUCGAGCUUCAGACGGUUUUGCCAUGCGGAGCCGCAGCCGGUCUCCAGACCAUCUGCGCAGCCGGUCUGCAGACCGGCCAAACCCUCCGGUGGUGUAA